CUUGGAAAGUUAGCUAAUGUAGAUCUGGCAGGUUUUAUGGUUCUUAUUGGCUUUGGGGGCAUGAUCGCAAUAUGCGUGAAACCAAAUAAAACGGUGAAUGAGGCGAAAGAAGAAGGAAAUACCGCCUUGAUACAACCAAACGGAGAAAAAAUUCUAUUCAAGCUCCACAGUCGGCGUCCCGAGGCGGACAGCAGGGUGUCUAUCGAAACAUCCAACUCUCGGGAAGCUAGCUCCUCCUCAGAACGACACGGCAUCACUGUUGAAAAGCGAUAG